AUGUCAGAUAAGCCUCUUCCCGCCAAGCGGCGGGGCCGUCCCUCUUCCAACACCCAAGAAGUCGAUGAAGCAACUCUCAAGGCCCGUCGCGAGCGCAACCGUGAAGCUCAAAACAUCUUUCGCAGGCGUAGACAAGCCGCAGAGGCUGCGCAGGCAAAGCGCGUGCGUCGCCUAGAAGAGGUGGUGGAGGAGAUGAGCUCCAUAUUCAUGGCUUUUUUCGACGAGGUGCUCGAGACCGAGGCCGUGCUAAAGAGUCAGCCCGUCCUUGUCGGGAGUCUGAGGAGGUCCAUGGCUAGGAUCUUGAAGUUGGCGCAUGAGGUCGUUGGGCCGGAUGAAGGGUGUGAGGGCGUCAUGAUGAGUGCGCUGCCGACGAGGGAGAAGAGCGAUGAGGACGAGGACGAGGACGAGGCGAUGGAAGUGGAGGGGAACAGGGAGGAGGAACCGACGAGGUCGACUUCGGAAACUUUGAGCACGUCUCCUGAUUCCAACGACGACACCACGACGACUUCGGAUUCAUCGCAGUCUUCAGCUCUAACCGUUCCCCCCAAAACACCACAACCAAGCUUCAUGCUCCAAGACCACCCCUUUCUCAAACCCUCCCCUCCUCCGCAGCCCUUUGGCUUCACACCAUCCACGCCCAUACCCAUACCCCCUCAAAUCUUUGCCAACGGCUGGAUAGGAAAUACACCCGCAACACCAAUGCGCAGGAUCGACUUUGUCCCCUCACCGUCUUCCCCUCUAUCUCAAGAUUCCUUCACUUACCGCCUCGCCAGGGCUGCACUCACAGUCGCAUACCUCUUCCUCAGCAAUGACCCGCACAUCCGCUCCAUCACAGCCCCCGAAGCUCGUCUCUUCAGCAACCCCCUCCGCGGCAAGGCAAGAGACGAGAUGCUAACCCGCCUCCGCUGGCUCCUCGGUCCCGGUCGCCCCGAGAUGUACCGAGUCGUCGACCUCCCCUACGGCCGCUACGGUCCCCACGUCUACUCGCGCGCAGAGCUCAACCCCCAGACUGUAGAGGACGUCGGCUGGCCCUGGCCUUCAAAGCCCGCAGGUUCACAACUCUCCGGCCUAAGCAGAUUCUUCAGCAUCAUUGGCGUCGAAAAGCAGCUCCUCGCCCUGGGCGCAAGGGUAAUCGACCACGAGACCUUGGAACUCAACCUGACCAGUCCGCCAUUCGCCCAUUGCCUCACGGAUCCCGGCGCGGAGCAACCCGCGAGCUGGAGCUUCGUCAACUGCUUCCCCUUCCCAGCCCAGCAGCAGCAAACCAAGUCCAAGUCAAAGUCCGACAUGGCCAUAGUGAGGCUUAGCGCCGGAAAGCUCGUGUCAAGUCUGGCGCUAAGGGCCGUGUGCCUCAUGCGAGGGCCGGGGUUUCCGAGGGACGAGAUUGGGAGUGCUAUCGAGGAAGCCAUCAUCACGACAUGA